AUGGCUAAUACCUUACCAAACACUCUGAUAACAUGCCCAAACCUUACCAAACACCCUGAUACCAUACCGAAUAGACACAUAACCAUAGCCAACGAGCCGAUAUCACUCGAACAACCUGACACAUGA